CGGUCGGUUGGUUGUACCUUGGCACUACCCGCGCUGCGUUCCGUUCGUGCGACCCAAACGAUACAUCAAGCGACUCACCUUUUCGCGCGCGAAGACAGUAAAGCAACUGUAUUUCCGCGCGCCUUCAAGUUUGUUGAGUGUCUAUUCGAUGUGUCUAUUCGAUCAUUUUUUGGCGAGUGUUCGCAACCUUAAUUAAUAACCCUGAUGAUCAAACGUCAGAAAUAGCCAAUUUAAUUUAUUUUAGUGUUGUGCUCCAUAUAUAUCACGUUGCACACUUUAACAAGACCCAAUUUAGUUUCGAUUGUCCGACUAUGUUCUAUUGGUCACGUGACACACACGGUCGACCAAUCCGUUUGAAGAACUCCGCUUGAAUUCGUUUACACGCGCACGUGAGCGCACGCACACAGCCUUGUUCUCUCGUGUACGCAUGUUGACGACGAAAAAUCGAAGUUGACUCUCGCGAACGGUGGCGAGAAUGCACAUGUUGUUUUAUAGGUACUGGCAUAUCCGGGUUAAAGACCGGUAUUGUUUUCUGGACAACGAUUAUCAAUAUCAGGAUCAUUUAUAUUUUUGCAACGCACGACGUCUGUAGCGACGUGACGACAAAGAAAAGCUCUCGAUCGGUUUCGAGACUCGCCUCGACUAGUUGUUCUUCAAUAGAAUCCACGUGGCCCAGGAAGAAGCAGCGAACGAGGUGAUGUUGCUGGAGUCGCGAGGCCUCGCCGGUCGGAAGAGAAACGGACUGACACUGACCUCGUUCGGCGGCAGUGGCGGUGGCGGUGGCGGAGGUGGUGGCGGUGGUGCCGGAGGAGCCGGCAGCGAGGAGGACGACGAGGAAUCUCGACAUCACCUCUACCUGGGCAGAAAGAUGCAAAGCGACGGCACCGCCGCCCCUGCGGUGCCACCGGGACUGUCGGGAUGUGCUGGCGAUGACGGCGACGAGAGCUCGAGCCCGUCGCCGAACAGCAGUCUUCUCAAUAAUAUCAAUAAUAACUGUAACUCGAAUCGACAAUGCGCGACCGACUUUAGCAUCGCCGCGAUUAUGGCGCGUGAUUCGCGUCAACAGCAGAUGCAACAACAACAACAACAACAACAGCAGCAACCACAAGCACAGCAACAUGUUCACAGACAUCCGCAGCAGCAGGCCGUCGGCGGUGGCAAGUUGCAUCAGCAUGAAAGGGAAGCCAGCGGUUCUGGGGUCGCUCGCGGUGCACCGCCGAUUCCCGAGACGAUCAAUGCGGAGGACGAGCCGGAAACGGACGACACCGGCAGCACGAGCGGCAACACCGUCUCGCCGGUAGUGAAUCCUCUGCUCCAGGAACGCUCAAACUGCGAGGAACUUAGACACGUAGUCUGUCACCUGGAGACCAAAGAUCUGUGGGACAAAUUCAACGAGCUCGGCACGGAGAUGAUCAUCACAAAGACCGGCAGGCGGAUGUUUCCGACGUGCCGCGUGUCCUUCAACGGGCUAAAGGCUGAUAGUCGGUAUGCGGUCCUGAUGGACAUUGUACCGGUCGACAACAAGAGGUAUCGGUACGCAUAUCACAGAAGCUGUUGGCUGGUAGCCGGGAAGGCGGACCCUCCGGCGCCACCCCGGCUGUACGUUCAUCCGGAUUCACCGUUCACAGGCGAACAGCUCCGAAAGCAGGUCGUAUCCUUUGAGAAAGUCAAGCUCACCAAUAACGACAUGGAUCGACACGGACACCUGGUGCUGAACUCGAUGCACAAGUAUCAACCGAGGAUCCACCUGGUGAAGCGGCCGGACUCGGGCACGGCGAAGCCGAUCGUGGACCUCGAGAAGGAGCCGCACAAGACCUUUAUAUUCCCGGAGGCCAUAUUCACCGCUGUCACCGCCUAUCAGAAUCAGCUCAUCACGAAGCUCAAGAUCGACAGUAAUCCCUUUGCUAAGGGCUUUCGGGAUUCUUCUCGUCUUACCGACUUCGAAAGUUUUCCUUUCAGGGAGACGAUGGAGUCGAUGCUGGCGGAACAGCAAUCGCUGAGGUUUCCGCAUCGACUGCCAUUCGAAAUGGAACAGCUCCAGGCGGGUGCAGUCAGCAAUCUCAGCCUGGAGGAGAAGGCCCUCUGGGCUGCUCGUUCUCAAAUGCUGCUGAGGGCGGCUGCGGCCGUAGCCGUCAGCAGUCCUUACGCUCAACUGGUCAACCCCACUCUGGUCUAUCCAGGUGUAUCGGCGGCGGGAACUAGCCAUCAGCAGCAGCAGCAGCAUCAGCAGCAACAGCAACAGCAGCAACUGGGCCAUCUGUGGUGGGCGGCGUCGUCGAUCGGACCCAUCUUCGCAGCGGCGCACCAUCAGCAGCAGAUCGCAUCUGGGUCCAGCACCCAGCAGAAUCCGACGGGACCCGCAGCACCGCGACCACUCUAUCCCUCACCCCUCGUGCUAGCUCACCACCGAUUUUCGCCGUAUCACACCACAGCGACUGUUCCCAAGUCCUCAACACCUGCUGCGCCAUCACCGUCACCGUCCAGAAGAGCCACGCCAUCGCCUACGGACAGUCUCAGCAGGGAGGCUCAGGACCUCUCGCCUUCGUAGUCGUUGGCUUAUAAGUGACUUUUCUAGGAAAAUAUCAGUCACUAUUUCAGUGUGAACAAAAUUAUGAGUGAGGUUGGCAGACUUUCUGUUUACAGCGAGACGAAAGCCAAUUUCUCUCCUUAGGAAACAAAAAAAUUCCAGAUAUAGUAGCGGUCCUUUUACAGGCAAGUGUUCAGAAACUUUUUUUUUAUGUACUAAAAGAUUUUUCUAGAGUAACACACCCUGAAGGAUAGUUUAAUUAUUCAUGGAUACGUUCACAAACCGUGCGACGAAAUAUGUAGUGAGACAACAAUCGUGCUUUACGAUAUUUAUUCUUCACAAAAAUGCAAAAAAUUAGUGCGUGAUAAAAGUUGAUUUUCUCUGCGCGCCGUUUUUGUAUUUAAAUCGCAUUUGUUAUAGACAAGUUCUGUACUUUUUACUUUUCUCUUUGUUAAAGCCGAUAAUGAUCGAAAAUUAAAGACGUAAAGUGCUUAAACAAAUACUGUUGAUUAUUUGUUAUUACCCACGUUUACUAUUAAUCAUUUUUGUUAGGUUUCAGAUUAAGUUAUUUUGUUUUAUAUUUAUAAAAAAAAUUAUUUUUUUGUGAUAAAAGAAAAAGAGACAAUUUUCUUUUUUAGCAAAAUAUACGUGCAAUACAUUAUGUGGUAGUAAAUUAUAAUCGUGUUUCUAAAAUUCGAAAAAGGAGCCGGUCUCCUCUUUUUAUCGGAUGAUAAAUGCAAUACGGUUAUAAAAAAAAAAAAAUAAAACUUAUAUAUAUAAACUUGCGGAUAACGUGACGAUAUGUUAUAAAAAGUCUUCGCACCGAAGAUCAACUUUCAUCGCGUGUGUCAGAACAUCCAUACAGUGAGCAUCGGGUGUAACGCCGAAAUCGACUCGGAACUCUAAAUAACGACGAUAAUUGUGGUGUCAAAAGUUUUAAGACAGCGCGAGUCGUCGUUGCUUCGACGCGCUCAUCGAUGUGAGAGCGGGAAAGAAAUACACGCUUUACGCUCGCCGGUCUCGGCUGAACUCUCGACCUUUGACGAGCGAGGUAGCGAGCGGACACAGAAAACUCCCAGAGUCCUCACGUGACUCAACGAUUUCUGUUGUCUCUUGACUGGAUCCUGGGAUCGCGAGAGGAUUCGAAUCUAUAAGUGUAUAUCUCGUUUUGGAAACCAAUAGAUCCAACCGUGAUCAUGAUAAGGAUGUAUUUAGCGAUACACUUCGGAGAGGAAUCGCUACGAUGAAAUAUUGUUACGCAGAAAUUUGUUACGCAUGAAGACUUCAGAGCUAUUCUAAGGUAUUUCGUACCUCUAAGUUCACAUUUUUACAUUUGCAAAAAUUUGUUAUACCUAAAUAUGUACAUAUAUAUACAGCGAAACUAAAGUAUUCGUAUUUUUAAGUGUAUAUAGUUUUAUAUAUUUGCAGAAAUUUGUUACAUAUGCACGUUUAGUCAAAAAUUUAAUUAUUAGUCGUGUCUUAUCUUUAAGUUUUAUUAUUUUCAUGCAGUAUAUUUGUUCUUAUUUCUUCUUUUAUUUUUAUUCAAAAUAAAACUCUCGACGACGCUACGUUAAUUUUGUGUGGUAAUUUUUCAAAAAGACAAGCUUUACAAAGAGAUUUAUGCAGUUUUGUAGUAAUUUGACAGUAUAGCAACAAAAUUGUUGAUUUCACAUUUUUACAUUUCAUUAAAGCUUGAAAAUUUUUUUUUUUACGCAUUAUGUAUCGUUUAAUUAUAUUGCGAAGAAAAUUGUAACUUAAUUUAACUUAUUUGAAAGUUGUGAGCGAGCGAUAGCAAAGAUCACGGCAAACUUUAGCACAAAGUUGCACGAAUGAAAAGAAAUACGAAUGCAAUGUAAAUAUAUAUAACGAUCUUGGUUCUCAAGGUGGCGUAAUUGCCGUACAUAAUACCGUGCAUAUAUGCAUCUUUAAAGGUAACUAAGUUGUGCGGACUAAAGUCUCUAAUUGUAUAUAGAUAUAGAUAUAAAUAUAUAUAUAUAUAUAUAUGUGUGUGUAUAUAUAUAUAUAUAUAUAUUAUAUAUACACUUGCGAUGUAAGGUAACUACGCCUUUAUCUCCUGUAAUAUAAGCUGUAUAUUUCGUAUCACGAGCUAUUGUUAUCGUUAUUUAUGUUCCAUAUUUCGAACGCGGAGAAACGUCAAGCGCGGAGCGCGUUCUUUUCGAUUAACGAACAAAUCUGGUAUCUUGACGAGAAUCAGAAAUUUCAAAGUUCUGUGGAUUUUCAGAUAAAUCGAGAUACAAAUUUAAUGGGCGACAAUUUUUGCGCGUUCUCCGCGAGAACCUGAAAAAUUAUUAUCCGGCAUCUAAUAGUAGUGUAGAGUGUUAUAUUGUUAAUGCUUGUGUUGUGCAAAACGCAUACGCCUAUUGCUAUGCAAGCUCAGAGAAAAAACGAGAGAGAGCGAGAGAGAGCGAGAGAGAGAGAGAGAGAGAGAGAGAGAGAAAGAGAGAAAAAGAGAGAUAUUAUUAUCCCUCCCUUGUAAAUAUACCCUAAUAAAACUCUUGUACCGAG